UCACUUCCUUUUUUCUCGUCAUGUGGUUCGUGUUCUCAGCUGCUUCCUCUUUUGCUUCACGUCGACACUCACAACAGCAUUUGUACUAUCCCCAUACACGCCGAGAAGACAUAACCCUUGAGACUGACACACUCAGAGGAAGAAAUCAGUUUGGUGAACUUCAGAACAAUGCCAGCCGUGGAAGGAGACCUGCUGUCUUUGUCGACCUUUUCGUCGUUACCAUCCUCAUCAGCAGCAACAGGAACACUGACGGACUCUUCACCUAAAAGUGAGAGCAGCCUUCCUCAGAGCCAGCAGGAACACGAGUCUACUCCAGAAUUAUGGAGGGGAGAAGGACUGAACCCCACCGGUGACAGACUGUUGUCCACAGAGGAACAGGUCACUCUGAUCACCGAGAGCAUAACGGUUACCUCCACUGACCAGGAAAAACUGCUGCUGCUUAACAAGAACACGGAGCUCCGCAGGGUCAACAAAGAGCUGAUGAAGCUGAAUGAGGACUGGGAUCAGGUGUACCGCAGUGCCACUCUGGGUCUGCAGCACAGACUGGAGGCUCUGGAGUUGGAGAGCAACGCCAUCAAGCAGCUGAACAGCCGCCUGCUGCUCAAAGUCGAACAUCAACAGAGUGCAAAGGAGUAUUAUGAGCAUGCACUGAUGACAGAGCUGAAGAAGAACCAGGAGCUGCAAGAGUAUAUCCGGCUACUGGAGAGCAAGAUGCACCCAGAAAGAAACUUCACACCCCUCAAACAGGCUAAUGUUACUGGAAUGCAAAACGGAUCCUGUCCGAGCAGUAGUCCCCCCAGAGGAUCCAAAAUACCAUGCGCCCAUGUUUCUAGAUGCAACCCCUCGUCCAGCUUUCUUCAUGCUUCCUCCAGCCCUGAUGCAGAGUGGCAGGAGAGGAACCAAGUCGGCGUCCCACUGGAAGAUCUGGGUAAUUCCCAGCAAGAGGUGCAAGACUUAAAAGAACAACUGGAUACACUAAGAUGUCAGACUGAGAUUUAUGAAGCAGAGUUUCAGACAGAGCAUAACGACCACAAACACACACUGCAGGAAAACCGCAGACUGAGGAAGAAGAGAGAGGAGAUGCGCCAGCAGGUGGCGCUACUGCAGGAGCAGCUAAAGAUCUACGAGGAUGACUUCCGAAGGGAGCGGUCUGACAAGCAGAUGCUGCAGCGGCUCUUGCUGCAGAAAACAUCUUCUAACAAGCAUCCAGUGCUGAUCCACCGCUGCAAUAACCAGGAGCAGCUGCUGGAGGGCGACAAGAGAACGCAAAGCGGAGAGAAGAGAAAGCAGCACCACCUUCUCUGCACCAAGCACUCCGGCAGAAACAAGGAGUGAGCCACAAAUGUGGAUGGGAAGACAACAACCUGGUGCUUCAUUAACAAGUUAAUGAAGUGCCAGGUUUGCUUUACUAAACUGAAAUUGAUUUGAUGUGACAUAUACAUUUUAUAGCAAAUAAUUGUGACUCCCACAAAGAAGACAAAAGAGUUCACGAUUCUUAUCCUUGGUGCUGUGUUUGACAAUUCAAUUGUGUCUGGUUCAUAUGUAUUUGAAUGGAACUUUGAAUAUAUGCAAUAAUCCUUGUGUAAUCUCCUUAUCUUGUUCUUUGUUUCCAAUCUGUGUUGAAGUCUUCCUUGUGGUUUUACCCAUUACCCCUUGAGUCAUCAGGUUAGCAGAAAGGGUUGAAGAAUUUCUUUGCAGCGGCUUCCUGCUCCACACCUGAAACAGCAUUAGAUGUUAUUCACGUGAAAACUUCCCGUCUGAAUGGUUGUUGGAGUUUCCCCUGUUAGGAAAACUUUAAAAGCUUCUGCUAACAAUGGGAAAGCUUGGGUCAUUGAUUGACUGAUCAAUAUGAAAAGAAAAACACACAUGGAUGGAAAAAAAAAACACGACAGACACAAGG